GGCGCUGCAAUCCUGAGAGCUCGUCCUGCCCAGACCGGACUGGCUGUUGUUUGGGGAACACGAACAGGAGUUGUAUUGUCUGCUCUGCAGAGUAUCAGGAGCACACGGGUUCCUUCUGACCAGCAUCAAAAAUGUUUUCCAAGCCAUUUGAAAGUCCUCCUCCGUACAGGCCCGAUGAGUACCGGCCUUCUAACUAUGCCCCAAGUCGAGAUAUGUACGGAGGAGAGAUUCGCUCACAGCCAGCUUACUCUUACUAUCCAGACGAUGAGGUCCCUAUGACUCAGCAUUUCUACAAAUGGAGCUCCCCACCUGGCAUCAUCAAGAUUAUGGCUAUCCUUAUUGUUGUCAUGUGUGUUGGCAUAUUUGCUUGUGUAGCUUCCACGUUGCCAUGGGAUUUGGAUGUCACAGGACAAUCUAUGGGUUACGGCAUGGGAGGAGGAGGAGGAUAUUCUGGAUACUCUGGAGGAUACAAUGGCUAUGGAUUUGGUACAUCUCAGAUGGGAAUGGGUUUUGCCUAUGGAGGAAAUUAUACUGACCCGAGAGCUGCCAAAGGAUUCAUCCUCGCCAUGGCCGCUAUUUGCUUUAUUAUUAGUAUGGUGCUUUUUGUGAUGCUUGUGACAAGGACGGAAACUUCUACUACCAGACGGUUUUACCUGAUUGUUAUGGUUGCUAGUGCGAUUAUCGGAGCGUUGGUCUUUAUUGCAACAAUCGUGUACACCAUAGGAGUGAAUCCUGUAGCACAGGCAUCUGGAUCUGCUUUUUACACACAAAUUGUGUCCUUGUGCAACCAGUUCUAUUCACCAGUCACAACUGGAGUUUUUGUGAAUCAGUACCUUUACCACUACUGUGUAGUUGAGCCGCAGGAGGCCAUUGCCAUUGUCCUGGGUUUCCUGAUAGUAGUGGCAUUUGCCAUUAUCAUAUUCUUUGCUGUGAAAACCAGAAGAAAGAUCAACGAACAUGGUAAAAUGAACAUUCUCUGGAGGAAAGAAAGGCUUGGGGGCGAGGGAGAUCCGCAUGUGGAAGAAUGGGUAAAAACUGUGGCAACCAAUCCUGAAGCCGUACCUUCAAUGUCAGAAUACAAUGAGAAAUUAAAUGGAUCUGCUCUGGAUUAUAGAAGUGUGAAUGGUGGGCAAGCCUAUUCAGAUCACAACAUUGGAUCACGUGUGAUUCCAGAAGAAGUGCUUCCGGUAAGGCAAGAGUAUGGAUUUUCUCCAAAUGCUUACAGUAGCAGUUCAGAUGCAAGCAAGAAAGGUCCACCUCGCCAUAAAAGACCAGGAAGAGCCGUGAGAUCUCCUAAUGAGAAUUAUGAUGCAGACUAUACCACAGGAGGAGAAUCUGGGGAGGAGCUAGAGGAUGAGGACUGGGACAGCGAGUAUCCCCCUAUCGCUUCAGACCAACAGAGACAAGAGUACAAGAGAGACUUUGAUACAGGCCUACAGGAAUACAAGAAGCUGCAAGCUGAACUAGAUGAUGUCACAAAAUCUCUAUCCAGGCUGGACAAAGAAUUGGAUGAACAUCCACCAGGGAGCCAAUCAUACAAGGCUGUUGCUGAUGAAUACAACCGUCUAAAGAACAUUAAAUCGUCUUCAGAUUUCAAGAACAAACGGAACCGCUGCAAGGGGCUCAAGGCCAAACUAAACCACAUCAAAAGUAUGGUCAGCAACUAUGACGACAACAAAUAACCAUCUGGACUUUCAUGCUGAAAACACAAGCCAAACUUUGUGGUCCUGGCCAUCAAAAUUUUGUAUUAAUGUGGUUGAGCCAUGUACGGGAUUUUGGUAGUGGCUUAUAGAUAAUACAGAUUUCAUAUAUUUUUAUGAAUAAGCCUUGGAUCUUGUAUGUUUUUUUUUUCUUCAUUUUAUUUUUUUCAAUUUUUAAAAGAUUUAAAUGUGCAUUUAUAAAUCGUGUAUAAUAUCUGAGCUUCCAUUUUAUGGGUGCAGAACAUCUCCAAAUUGGCAUCGUAUUUGGCCUCCUAAAUCCACAAAGGGCCAUCUGUGCAUAUCUUUUUAUAGUUCUUAAAAGCUAACUACUAAGCUGUACUUUUAUUUUUUUUAAACUUGUGCUGUCCCAUUUCAAGUUAGAAUAUGUGUAUAUAUGUUUUGUAUGGAGCACAUCUUUAAAAUUUGAAUGCCUUGAUUUAAAAAGGAAAGACACCAAAGGGUUUGAGAUUUUAGAUGGCAUUUUGCACUGAUUUUUGUACCAAUAUAUGGCAGCCAGUGCAUUUGACUAUUUAUAGCUGUACAACUUGGGUAUCUAUCUGUUGGGGACCACUGUUCACUGUUUUGGUCCACUUGAUAGUAUGAAGAAAUCCAUAGGUGCAUCUUGUUGGAAUAAGUAGUGUAUGAUGCAUGUGUUGUCACAGAUCUGUGUCGCACAAAAAAAGCUAAAUGGAAAAACCAAAGGAUGUGGUUAAGGAAUUGGUAGAGAUGAGCAACCCAGAGAGCAAUCGGGCAAUAAUUGAAUAAUGGUCUUAAUUAUGGUCCCCAUCUUGUAAUCCUGACACCGACUUCCAGAAUAAGCCAGAUGGUGAUCACAUUAUCUGCGGUAGUGCGUCUGUGUGCCAUCAAGCCAUCUUUCUUGCUUAUUAUUAAAACUAAAACUUUACAAAUGCAAUGUUCAUUACAAGAGUGUUCAAUUAUGUUCUAUCGUAAAGGGCUAAAAUGUUUCCUUUCAUUUUAAUAUUUGUCUAAUAGGUGUUGUAAAUGAUGAUGCAGCCCAAAAUGUUUUUUUUUUUCUAUUUUGUACUUUACUAGGUGUAAGUCGCUGAAAUCAGUAUGACAACUAUGCUAUAAUGAAUGUAAAAAUUACUUUUUUCUUUGCUA